ACCCUAGCACACCAGACUCGUGGCUUCCCGUUCAAAACCGCCCAGCUAUUUCACUGUAAUUUUCUCUCAUUUUCUCUCCUUUCCUUGCUUCCAUACAACCGGAAGGGAGGAAAAAUGGACAACAACGAGCAGGCUGAAAAGGUAUCUGGGGCUAAUAAGAGGAAGAGAAAGCGGAAAGAGAUUGCUCCCUUCGGCAAUUACAGAAACUACUACGGCUAUCGUAUUGGCCAGGAGUUUGAGGAAGACCCUCGGCUAAAGGUUUUAAAGAAGGAAUGGUUCGAAGGCAAGGAUUGUCUUGACAUUGGAUGCAAUAAUGGGUUGAUAACCAUCGCUAUUGCAAAAAAGUUCCAUUGCCAGAGCAUCCUUGGAAUUGACAUUGAUCCUGAUCGAGUUGAGGAUGCACAUUGGAAUCUCAGAAAAAUUUUGAGGAAGGAAAGUGCUGGUAAGAUGCAUUCGAAUACAUCCAAAAUAGAGGCUGUGGAGAGAGCAAAUGGUUUACAUGAUUGUACAUCUGCAUCAUCAAAUGAGCAGACAAAAGAUAUUUCAAGGGAUUUCUCUACUUGUAAGGAAAAAGAUCUAUCAGAUAUAGCGUCUUUUCAACAAGAGAAUUUUGUGCAGAGUUGGCGUCCACCACAGGACAAGUCUUACCAUACAAUUCUUUGUUUGAGUGUAACGAAAUGGAUUCAUCUGAACUGGGGGGAUGAUGGAUUGAUUACUUUAUUUGUUAAGAUAUGGAAGCUUCUUAAUCCGGGUGGCAUUCUUGUUUUGGAACCUCAACCAUGGAGCUCAUAUGCAAAAAACCGACUUGUGUCUGAGCGGACAACAGCCAAUUAUUCUGAGAUAAUAUUCUUUCCAAAUUAUUUUCAGGAAAUACUCUUAGAUAAGGUUGGAUUUAGAAAGGUAGAAAAUUUAACUUCCAGCCUGUCAGGCAGCAAAACUGGAUUCAACAGACCGAUUUUGGCAUUUCAGAAAUGAGUUCACCUAGCACAAGCAGCUUAUCUAUUAAACUGAUGCCUCUUGAUCCUUGGUACCUAAGUUUUCGUCAACUGAAAGUCGUUGUGGACAUUUCUUUGUUUGUUGGACAAAGAACCAAGAACACAAAACUUUGGGGUUGAAAAAUCUCUGACGACACGCCUUCGUGCGACAGUGUGGCUCUGCAAGUGUGGAUCUUUUGUGGGGCUGGAUAUAAGUUAAAGCUUGAUUCUUGAGUUGGGAGGGAAAUAGAACUGUAUCAAUUGAUACAUUAAAGGCCUAUAUUUUGAAAUUAUACUUACUACACGUAUUCUUUUGUAUGUGUUCUUAAAUGUUUAAUUGCUGCAAUCGUUGUCA